ACUAGAUACCUACUCUGUUUCCGUAUUGAUUAAUUAAGGCGGCCUUCAUUAAACUCAAAGAAGAAACAGAGAGGCUGAAAAAGCAUAGCGAAGGAGAAGCAAAGACAAAAAGAAAUGGAUUACCUAGGAAUCGAUCUUAGCUGCGCCAUUGGAUCUCUAAAAGAUGGCAAUUUCCCUCCCAAGGACUGUUUGUUGCCUCUCAUCUCCAAGCUCCUCGGCUACGCCAUCGUCGCCGCUUCCACCACCGUCAAACUCCCCCAGAUAUUGAAAAUUGUGAACCAUAAAAGUGUUAAAGGACUUAGUCUUAUAGCCUUUGAGCUUGAAGUAGUUGGUUAUACCAUUGCUUUGGCGUAUUGCCUUCACAACGGACUACCCUUUUCAGCUUAUGGGGAAUUGGUAUUUCUUUUGAUCCAAGCCCUAAUCUUAGUUGCUGUUAUUUACUACUAUUCAAAACCCGUGGGCAUCACGACCUGGAUCAGGGCACUGCUAUAUUGUGCUGUAGCACCAACAAUCUUAGCUGGCCAAAUUGAUCCUAUUCUUUUUGAAGCUCUAUAUGCAUCCCAGCAUGCAAUAUUCUUCUUUGCCAGGGUGCCACAAAUAUGGAAGAACUUUUCUAACAAAAGCACUGGGGAGCUCAGUUUCUUAACAUGCUUAAUGAAUGUUGCUGGCUCGCUUGUGAGAGUAUUUACCAGCCUCCAGGAAAAAGCACCAGCAAUGGUUCUUUUGGGCUCUGUACUUGGUAUUGCAACAAAUGGCGCACUCCUGAGUCAAAUUAUUCUGUAUUGGAAUUCACAAGUCCCGAAGGAGAAGAAAGCAGAGUAAAUUGAUAUCAUGUCAGGGUCAGAAGUAGGAGGAGGUUAAGAUUGGUGCAGUCGGUGAUCAUCGGAUUAUCAUCAACUUAUAGUUGACACUAUGAAUUGGCAAAUCUUGUAGAUGAUUCAUUUUAGAUAUUAGUAAAUGGGAUUCUUCUACUUUUAUGUGCUUUCUUUAGUAGUUGAUAUGAAUCAUGCUGCAUUUGCCUGUUGGUUAGUAUUAUUUUCAUUUUAUGUUGAAUAUUUGAUAUCCAUUUGUUUUUAA